CUCACAUAAUGAAUGUUGCGAUGUUGAAUGUUGCAUUUUAGAAGACUUUGCCCUUAUUCGUUUGUUGAGUUUUAAAUGUAACAAUGAAAACGUUCGCUGUAAUUGUUACAAGUUUUUUGGUUUUGCUACUUGCAAUCAUCCUCGGAUUUCGUGCCCUCAACACAUACAUAACCCCACCGGUCGCAACCAACCAAUGGUGGGGGCCAUCGGACGAGGCUCCAGCGACCCCUCCACUCAUCGAUGAUAUUCACAUCGAGGAAUUGCCUGCGAUUCAAUUUGAAGACGAAAAGUUGGAAGAUUUAAAAAAGCGCUUGAGCAAUGCAAGGUAUUUUCGCGCCUUGGAAAAUACAAACUGGUCCUACGGAAGCAAUACUCAAGAGUUGAAAGAAUUUGUAAGAUAUUGGUUAAAUGAAUUCAAAUGGAGAGAACAAGAAAAGCGUAUAAACCAGUUCAAACAUUACACAGCCACCAUUGAUGGCAUUGAGAUACACUACAUUCAUGUAAAACCCCAGAUGCAAACCCGGAAAGUUAUACCAAUCAUGCUCAUUCAUGGCUGGCCUGGAUCCUUUUACGAGUUUUACAAAGCAAUUCCGCUUCUCACAGGAAGGUCCAAGGAUGAUUUUAGUUUCGAGGUGAUAUGCCCAUCUUUGCCUGGGUAUAUCUUCUCUGAGGCUCCUCAUAAGUCAGGGCUUGGUCCACUACAAAUUGCAAACCUGUUUAGAAAGCUCAUGGCAAGACUUGGGCAUGGCAAGUAUUAUGUACAAGGAGGGGAUUGGGGCUCAGGCAUCGCUAGAGCUAUGGCAUUAAUUGACACAAGUCACAUCAAAGGUAUUCAUCUGAACAUGUUUGUAACUGGACCACCUUACGGACCAUUCUCUUUGAUCUCUGCUUAUUUCUUUCCAUCCUGGUCUCUGGGCUCAGAAAAGCAUAAAAUUAUUCCUUUGAAAGAUUUCUUUGGCAAACUUCUUUGGGAAUCUGGUUAUUUUCAUGUUCAAGCAACAAAACCAGAGAGUGUUGGUGUGGCAUUGAAUGACUCACCUCUUGGUCUGGCAAAUUAUAUCUUGGAAAAAUUCUUCACUUGGUCCGGAUGUAAAGGCCAUCAAAAUUUCUCUUGUUUGGAAUCAAAGUUCACAAAGGAUGAACUUAUUACAAAUAUCAUGCUGUACUGGUUGACAGAGAGUAUGCCCUCUGCCAUGAGAUUGUACAGGGAAAACAAGAUUGACCGGUCAUUGGCAUGCCCAAUAUCGCUUCCAACUGCUAUGGCGAAUUUUCCACACGAAAUUUUUCAGAUACCGCAAGCUUGGUUACAUGUUGCCUUUCCAAAUAUCGUUCAAUUCACGGAAAUGCCGCGAGGAGGGCAUUUUGCCGCCUUUCAAGAACCAGAACUUUUCGCCGACGAUGUUUGGAAAUUCGUACAGAAGGUUGAGAAUAUCGUGAAGGAAGAACUGUAGCAUAUCAUUGUUUUA